UGCAAAAAACAGACGCACACACAAUCACACCGGGCCUCUGCCCGCUGGAUAACCGCAGGAGCGCGGUGAUUUUUUUUUUUUUUACGCAACGCUGCUGAUGGGAACCUUAGCGACUCCUCGUCCUCAGCUAAACGGGACAUAGUAAUAAAAGCAACCACAAAGACAACAAGGGCUAUCAGCGGGAUUGGGAAACAAGAUGAAGUUGGCGGUCCUCCUCCUGCUUUCCCUCAUGAUGUGUCCUCUGUGCCGUGGUGCCGCUUCGUCUCCCAGUACAUUUAUAUCCUUGGCGGAGAUGGAGGACGCUCUGCUUAAAAACCUUUUCCAGGGAUAUCAGCGCUGGGUUAGGCCCAUCCAGCGAGCCAAUGACACUGUCAAAGUUCGAUUCGGACUUAAGAUCUCUCAGCUGGUUGAUGUGGAUGAAAAAAACCAGCUCAUGACAACAAACGUUUGGUUGACUCAGGAGUGGAUCGAUUAUAAGCUGCGAUGGAAUCCAGAUAAAUAUGGUGGGAUCACCUCCAUCAGAGUUCCAUCAGAAAAUAUCUGGCUCCCAGACAUCGUCCUGUAUGAGAACGCUGAUGGGCGUUUCGAGGGCUCCCUGAUGACCAAAGCCAUUGUAAAGCACAACGGUGCCAUCACCUGGACCCCACCCGCUAGUUACAAGUCUGCCUGCACCAUGGAUGUCACCUUUUUCCCCUUUGACCGGCAGAACUGCUCUAUGAAGUUUGGUUCGUGGACCUAUGAUGGCAACAUGGUGGAUCUGGUCCUGAUGGACAACCACGUUGAUCGGAAAGACUUCUUCGAUAAUGGAGAGUGGGAGAUACUCAGUGCCACUGGAGCCAAAGGAAACCGGAAGGAUGGCUUGUAUUCCUACCCAUUCAUCACCUACUCCUUUAUCCUGAAGAGAUUGCCACUGUUCUACACACUCUUUCUCAUCAUCCCUUGUUUGGGUUUGUCCUUUCUUACUGUCCUUGUGUUUUACCUUCCUUCAGAUGAAGGAGAGAAGCUGUCACUCUCCACCUCUGUCCUAGUCUCCCUUACUGUGUUCCUUCUGGUCAUAGAGGAGAUCAUUCCGUCCUCCUCCAAGGUGAUCCCCCUCAUCGGAGAAUAUCUGCUCUUCAUUAUGAUCUUUGUCACCCUUUCGAUCAUCGUCACUGUCUUUGUCAUCAAUGUGCACCAUCGCUCCUCAGCCACCUACCACCCAAUGUCGCCAUGGGUUCGCAGCCUUUUCCUUCAGAAACUACCCAGACUGCUUUGCAUGCGAGGACACACUGACCGGUACCACUACCCGGAGCUGGCUCCAGAAAGUCCUGAACUGAAGCCUCGCUCUGCAGGUCGGAGAGGAGGCCAGAGGACAAGCAGUGGAGCUUUUGGACAGGCAGCUUCUGAUGGGAAGGAAGAAGAGGCUUGGGCCACCAUGUUGGAGAAAGCCGUCUAUUCGGUUCGAUACAUCAGCAGACAUAUCCGCAAAGAACACUUCAUUCGUGAGGUGGUCCAAGACUGGAAAUUUGUAGCCCAGGUGUUAGACCGAAUCUUUCUGUGGGCUUUCCUUACUGUCUCAAUUCUGGGCACCAUCCUUAUCUUCACUCCAGCCCUGCAGAUGUUCCUGAAAACCCCUCCUCCAUCUCCAACUGAGGAGCCACCUUUACACCAGUAACCAUCACUUUAUCUUAGGGUGCUAAAGAUCUGCAUUCAAGAAUCUGUAAAAAGUUACAGCUGAGCAAGAAGAAGCCAUCAAGAACUCCUUAACUUCUUCUGACCACUCUGUAAUGUGAGGUUUAUAUCUCAUAUGUAUGUUUCAAGUGCACAGUACAUUUCACACAACUAUUACAGCAUUUGAGUGCAGCUUAGUGUAAUUUAUUCAAUUAAGACAUUUCUUCACAAACUGAUAUUCAGUUCUGUAGGUCACAUGCUCACAUGUUCUAAGAUGGCAUGAAGGCUGAUAUUCAAUCAAUGGGAAUCUGGAAGAUAAAUUAAAAAAAACAACAUAUGCAUAUAGAAUGAAAGCUGAAUUUAUGCAUAUAACUCACUUGCUCAAAUUAUUUUUGCUGUUUAGAUGUUUGUUUUACACAUUAUUUCUGUUUCAACUUAAAAUUAUCCAUUUAGGAUUCCCAGAAAAAGUGAUUAUUUUUUAUAAAAAUCAUUUUUCAUUACUUAAAUGUCACUAACCUCCCAAAAUUGCAUCUUGUUGAUUCUAGAUUCCAGCAGCAUAAUUAAACUACUUUGCAUGUUUACUACCAACACAUUGACUUUCACUUUGGAGUUUUUUGCAAAACUCUUAAAGAAAUAGCUCAGUUUGGAUAUAAAAACAUUUAGCGAAGAGGUCUUAUGUCUGUUUUCUGUUCAGUACAGUUUUAACUGUAUUUCUCAUACUCUCUAAAAGCAAGAUAUAUAUAUCUAUUAAAUUUGUUAUUAACAUUAUGCAUAAAAAUCUGUAAAAAUGGAGGCUGCAGCAAAGAAAUCAGAAAGGAUAAAUGGUGACUCAUAAAGAAUUAUUUCUGCUGCUGAUAUCGCCACCUAGGGGUAAAUCAGAACAAAAUCAGAAUCAGCUUUAUUGCCAAGUUUGUGCAGACAAACAAGGAGUUCGGUAAACUUUGUCUCAAUAAUAAAGAGUAUCUUUUUAAAUGCACAUAUAAUGUGAGAUCAGUUCAAGGAUGCGUGGUGUUGUUCUGAAACUCUGACCGUCAAGUAUUCAUCAGAGAAACAGCCUGGGGGAAGAAACAA